GCUGUUUAUAAGGACUGGAGCAGGCGAAUGAGAGGAGAGAAGAGUCAUUACAAAACAGAGAAACUAUCGUGAUUAAAGAUUGCAGCAGAUUUCUUGGACUAUUCAUACCACAGAUGCCAUGUCGCUCUUGUUCAGGAACCCUCUCACCUUUCCAUUGGUCCUCUCCAUCGUCAUCCUCGUCUUCACCUCUGCGGUGACAUCACCAUCACCCCGGACAGCUACUCUCCGGCCUGGUGGUCUUCCUUUCCCCCUUCAUGAGAAGCUACAGGAUGUGGACUACGAGAACCUCUCAGAGGAGCCCGUGAGCUUGCCAGCCCCCACGCCCAACCCCUCGGCCCCGCACUGCGAUUACAACUCCUGCCGGGACCAGCAGGAGCCGUGCCUGCUGAUGGCGGCCACCCAGGGCUGUGUGUGCCCGGGGUCGACGGGGCCCCUGGAGCGCCCGGAGCCGCCGCACCUGUUCCGGCUGUGGCGUGAAGGUCCAGGCAGUGUGCUGGUGCACUGGUGUGCGCCCGCCUCCAAUGUCACCUCCUACCAUGUGCGGGUAGAGGGCCAGGAGGGGCAGCGAGAGGUGGGUGUGAUGUCGAGGGUGAUGGACCUGGGCGAGGUGCAAGAGGGAGCGGAGGUGUGCGUGCAGGCGGUGAACUUCGCCGGGGUCAGUGAGCCCACCAGCUACUCCUGCACCCGCUACGAGCCGCACAGCUCGGAGUCCACCUUGGCGCUGAAGCUCGGGGUCAUAUGUGGGGUGGCGGUACUGGUGGUGGUGCUGGCGUUGGCCCUGGUGCUGUGGAGGCUCAGAACACACCGGAACAGUCGCGCACGGGUGGAGACCUGGUAGAGGAGAAGGUGAAAUACUCUGAUAGAAUGGCGUAACUCUCACUUUAAACAUUAAAAUACUCUGAGGACACAGACAAAGUGAAGGAGAAUGAAUGUUAUGGAAGAGACUGAGACCACUACUGGACAAACCAAGUGUUAAGAAGCACUUUAGCUAUUUACUUAUAUUUGUAUUAUUAGAGGACAAUGUUUACGUGCUUUUCUUAAUUUUUUAUUUUUGGAUAUCUUUUGGAAUAUAUAUAUAUCCUUUUAAAGAUGAUCUCAGCUGGCUGUAUACUGUCUGCAUGUUUCACUAUUAUGAACUUCUGUUUCAAGGACAGGACGGAAACCGCCUCCGACCUUUCCAGCUGCUACUCAGCUCGUACCACUCAUCUGUCCUGCUGCCGCCACGUUCCCCGCGUGGGCGGCACAUGGCGCACGGCACACAUGGGGCUCAAACCUGAACAGCCACCCUAGGCAGGUGUCCUGCUGAGCAUAAGAAACAGGUGAAGGCCUGAAGACAGAGGGACACAGCACUCUGUAAUUAAGCCUGCGCUUGUUCCCGCUGUCAGCAUUUCCCAUGAUCUAGGAAUGGGAUUGAGAAAGUGUCCAAAGCACUACAGCCGCAGCAGGGCAUCUGACCAUGUUGCAAUCAGUGCACAGAGCCCCAUUUCAGCCACAGGCAUUUUUAUAUCAGCUUACUAAUGAUUUGCCUCACUGAAAUGCCAUGUUAACAUUUUAAUUUUCUAUCAUUUCUUGUUCCAUAUUUAAAUGUUCAGUUCAAAAUUAAUACACUUUAUAAUGGGAAAAUAGACAAAUAAAGUCCUCUUUAGGGAUUUGUUCAAGA